AUGGUUUUGGAAGUGCUGAACCCAGUGCAGUAUGAUGUCACCGGCAUGGUGGCCAAGGGUGUGACUGUUGCCAGCAUUGCAAUCCUGCGGCUCACUGGCUUUCUUCUGUUUGUUUGGAACUCUAAAAACACAGCCUCAAUACCAGGUCUCAGCUACUUUCUGGGAAUUGGGCCCCUCAUUUCCUACGGCAGGUUUCUCUGGAUGGGGAUUGGCAGUGCCUGAAAUUACUACAACAAGAUGUAUGGAGAAUUCAUGAUAGUCUGGGUAUGUGGAGAGGAAACCCUCAUUAUUAGCAAGUCCUCGAGUGUGUUCCACGUGAUGAAGCAUAAUCAUUAUACAUCUCGAUUUGGCAGCAAACUUGGCUUGCAGUUCAUCGGCAUGCAUGAGAAAUACAUCAUAUUUAACAAUCAUCCAGUUAUCUGGAAAGCUGUCAGAACUUACUUUAUGAAAGCUUUGUCCGGCCCUGGCCUGGUGCGCAUGGUGACCACCUGUGCUGAUUCCAUCACCAAGCAUCUGGACAGGUUGGAGGAGGUCCGCAAUGACUUGGGCUAUGUGGAUGUGUUGACCCUCAUGUGGCGCAUCAUGCUGGACACCUCUAACAUGCUCUUCCUGGGGAUCCCCUUGGAUGAAAGCACUCUCAUGGUUAAAAUCCAGGGUUAUUUUGAUGCAUGGCAAGCUCUCCUUCUCAAACCAGACAUCUUUAAGCUUUCUCGGCUAUGCAGGAAGCAUGAGAAGUCUGUCAAAGAUUUGAAAGAUGAAAUAGAAAUUCUAAUAGAAAAAAAAAAAGACAUUAUUUUCAUAGCAGAGAAACUGGAAGACUCUAUGGAUUUUGCCACUGAGUUGAUUCUGGCUGAGAAACGUGGUGAACUGACGUGACAGAAUGUAAACCAGUGCAUACUGGAAAUGAUAAUCACAGCACCAGACACUAUGCCUGUCUCUGUGUUCUUCGUGCUGUUUCUCAUUGCAACACAUCCCCAGGUUGAAGAGGCAGUAAUGAAGGGAAUCCAGACUGUUGUUGGUGAAAGAAAAAUGAAGAGUGAUGAUAUUCAAAAGCUAACUGUGGUAGAAAAAUUUAUUAAUGAAAGCAUGCAAUACCAGCCUGUCAUGGACCUACUCAUGUGCAAAGCCUUAGAGGAUGAUGUCACUGAUGGCUACCCAGUGAAAAGGGGGACUAACAUUAUCCUGAAUCUUGGAAGAAUGCACAGACUUGAGUUUUUCCCAAAGCCUAAUGAAUUUACUCCUGAAAACUUUGCCAAGAAUGUUCCUUACAGGUACUUUCAGCCAUUUGGCUUUGGGCCCCGGGCCUGUGCGGGAAAGUACAUCGCCAUGGUGAUGAUGAAGGUCAUCCUGGUCACCCUUCUGAGACGCUUCCACGUGCAGACUUUGCAAGGUCGGUGUGUUGAGAAGAUGCAGAAGAAAAAUGACUUAUCCUUGCAUCCAGACGAGACCAGAGACCGGCUGGAAAUGAUUUUCAUCCCGAGAAAUUCAGACAAGUGCCUCGAGUGCUAAAGAAGUUUGGUCAGUCCCUGCCCCAGAGCACUGCUCAACAGAAUUCCACAUGGGAACCACCCAUCUUUGCCAGGUGGUCCUCCUCACAUGAACAACCAUGGCCUGUGCCAUUUUAUAGGCUUACCUCCUGUGGGUUGUCAGCUAGCCAGGAGACACAGUUCAUCUGACCAGAUCCAAACCAGACAGCAGACUGCAAGAGAAAAUAGAGGCCAAGAGUUUGUACCGGAAACGGCAGCCCUAAAGACCCAAUUCCACAACACAUGCUUUGCAUGAAAGUGAAAAGUCAAAGUGAAGUCGCUCAGUCAUGUCUGACUCUUAGCGACCUCAUGGACUGCAGCCUAUCAGGUUCCUCCGUCCAUGGGAUUUUCCAGGCAAGAGUACUGGAGUGGGGUGCCAUUGCCUUCUCCAUUGGAAAAGACAAGUCACCAGCAAAACUCACUCCAGCUCCUUACUGUCCUGCACUGAAUUGGGAGCUUUUUAACAUCUGGGGCAGAAGCACUCAAUUUGAUUACAAAGGCCAGGCCAACAUC